ACUUUGUUUCUGCUCGUAGCAAGGGGGAAAACCGUUGCCCUUCAUGCGGAACCAAAGGUAGCCGUCCACAUUUCUGAGGGAAGACGCACGUAACUCACGUGGUGUUUACGGAAGUCACUUACGUUCUUCUGCUAUUACUGUUUGACAGGUCUUCUAAUGAGGAGUUUGAAGAACAGAUAUUAUGAUCCUUCCUAAAUCUACACGGCUCUCUCUCCUCUUCUUAAGAAGAUUUCACCCUGGAACUUGCUUCUCCUGCCUUUCAAUCGACCACAGACCCAGAAACAGAGAGACGGAAAAUGGGGUGUUUAGAACCCAGGGGAAAAGUUUGUUUAAUUCCACUUUUCGCACGCAAGGCUCGUGGUCACACCUCUUGUCCAAACUGGACACUGGUCUUGGUGAGAGACGAUCGUUCAGCCUGUCUGCUGCCGGGAUCGUUAACUCUGCACCGGUGGCUGUUCAGCCCUACCUCCGGCUUAUGAGACUGGACAAACCGAUCGGGACGUGGCUGCUGUACCUGCCCUGCACCUGGAGCAUUGCUCUGGCGGCUGACCCCGGCUGCCUGCCUGACCUGGCCAUGCUCAUGCUGUUUGGGACGGGGGCCGUACUGAUGAGGGGCGCGGGGUGCACCAUCAACGACAUGUGGGACAAGGACUUCGACAAGAAGGUGACCAGGACAGCCAGUCGGCCAAUCGCCUCCGGGGAGAUCUCUCAGCUGCAAGCUCUCUCUUUCCUCGGGGUCCAGCUGACCUCAGCGCUGGCUGUGCUGCUGUCUCUCAACUACUACAGCAUCGCCCUUGGUGCUGCUUCGUUGUCACUGGUGGUGAGUUAUCCUCUGAUGAAGAGGAUCACGUACUGGCCCCAGAUUGUGUUGGGAUUUGCCUUUAACUGGGGAGCCCUGCUGGGCUGGUCUGCUGUGAAGGGGUCCUGUGAUUGGUCAGUUUGCCUGCCUCUCUACUUCUCUGGGGUGAUGUGGACAUUGGUGUACGACACCAUCUAUGCCCAUCAGGACAAGGCCGAUGACGUCCUGGUCGGGGUGAAGUCCACCGCUCUGAGGUUUGGGGAGCAGACCAAGCUGUGGCUGAGCGGCUUCACCGGGGCCAUGCUGGGGGGGCUGGUGCUCACGGGGGUCAACGCCCAGCAGACCCUGCCGUACUACGCCGCCGUUUCCAUGGCAGCCCUUCACCUCUCCCGCCAGAUCUACACCUUAGACAUCAACAAGCCUGAGGACUGCUGGAAGAAGUUUGUCUCCAACCGUAAUCUCGGACUUCUUCUGUUUUUAGGAAUAGUUAUUGGAAAUUUGUGGAAAACAAGAAAUGAUAUUUUAUUAGAAAAUGGGAGAAAAGAGGAAUAAAAUUAUUUGGGAUGUGUUAUAGGUAUUGUGGACAUUAUUUAUAGACUGAGAAAUGCUUUUGAAGCACUUUUGCUUAUUUAUUCUUGCCAUGUAGAGAUCUGGCCACUAGGUGUCAGCAGAAGAGCAUAAAAUGCAUGAGUGGUCGUAGACAAAGCCAAAGUGUGAGAUUGAAUUCCGUACAUCCUGUCAUUUUAUGAGUUAUAUUACAUUUGUCUAUUAUUUUAAUGGCUUAAUUAUUUUAAACAUUUAACACCAAAAAUUAAUUAAGAUAAUUGUACAUGAAAUAAAAACUUUACUAAA